CGGCCCUCGGACUUGGAGGCUGAACUAUGUGAUGAACGGGGGGGCCAGAGACCCCCAAACCUGUCAACGCCCGGAAACCCCGCGUAGAGGACGGGGGCCAGCCGGUGAAGAUGAUGCUGAGUCCGGAGCAAGCGGACUCUGAUCAGCCGUCGGUACUGUCCGAGUCAGACUCAACGCUGAGCGAAAUGAAGGGGGGCAGCGUGUCCGAGACCGAGGGAGGAGGCCGUGGGACUCUGUGUCUCCCCCCGCAACUGAGCCGCGAGGAGAAGAGACGCAGGAGGCGGGCCACCGCGAAAUACCGCUCAGCGCAUGCCACGAGGGAGCGCAUCCGCGUGGAGGCUUUUAACGUGGCAUUCGCUGAGCUCCGGCACCUUCUACCUACCCUGCCUCCGGAUAAAAAGUUAUCAAAAAUUGAGAUCCUCCGCCUGGCCAUUUGCUAUAUCUCCUACCUCAACCACGUGCUGGACGUCUGAAGAAACAAGGGCCAGUCAGGGGCCACGGUGGGGGAGUCGGGCGAUGAAGGAAGCAAAGGCACACAUUGGGGGUCUCACAGGGGACCCCAGCAAAAGGGACACCUGCAUGCAGCUGC